AUGAUGACCCAGACACACCUUCACUAUACAACAGUAGCUGGCUCUACUGUUCAGAAUCAACAAUCAUCUCCCAAACAGAGCACUUCAACUACCACCACCAAAGCCAAGUAUGACGAAACCAAACCAAAGAUUACCUCAUUGCCUUCAUUCAGCGAACUCUUGACUUCGAUCCCACUCCCCUCUGAAUUCAAGUCAAGAAGUAAUAGCAGUUCCAGUGCCUCCUCAGUGCGACAACCACUACCACCACCACAACAACAACAAGCACAAGCACAACCAGUACCGGCACCGGUACCACAGGAUAGAAAUAGAGUUCCAUCCAUUACAUCGCCGCCUUACCAAUACUAUUCUCAACCAUCAGUACAACAUAGAUUGCCUACUCCCCCAUUAUCUCAAACUCAACAACCACAACCACAGCCACAACCACAGCCACAAACAAUUCAACAGUAUCCAUCAACAGCUCCAAAUGGUGGUUUUGCUGUGCCGAUGACGAUGAACCGUGCUCCACAUUCGGCUCCACAACAACUACCUCCCUCCCACAUGAGUGACAACAUCAACAUGGCACCUAUCACACCAGUCACUAUAGCGUUUGACUCAAGAAUCAGAUCCAACUCUGCAAGCUAUAGUUACCCACAACCACCACAGCAAGCACAACCACCACAGCAAGCACAACCACCACAGCAAGCACACUUUCCACACCAAUACCAGUCGGUAUCGCCGGCUACAACAUCUCCCCAUGCUCAGCAUGCACAACAAGUACAACAGUACCUUCCUGCAUCUUCAUCAGCUUCGUCGCCACAACACUCUCCCUCAACCAGAUCAGCUACAUCACCAUCUACUGCCAGUGCUAGUGAUCCACGCAGGAAACACGUGUGCAAGAUUUGCUCUAGAUCCUUUACCACCAGUGGCCACUUGGCAAGACACAAUAGAAUACACACUGGUGAACGGAAACACGAGUGUCCUUGGCCAAGCUGCGAUGCUCGUUUUGCCAGACAGGAUAACUGUAUGCAGCAUUACAAAACACACACUAAUGGCAAAAACAAGAGGAUGAGAAACACAUCGGUGUCGCAUACAAAUGGUAAUGCCGGUAUGAAUAGUAAUGUACAGGCUGGCGCACAAGUACACCCACAAGUACACCCACAAGUACACCCACAAGUCCAAGAAGGAUACGCGCCACCAAUGAUUGUACACCACCAACACCAGCAACAGCAGGUCCAAGCCCAGCCCCAAUACCAGCAGCAACAACAGCAGCAGCAGCCUCUUGCAUACAUUAGCCACCACCACCACCACCACCCUCUUCCUCACCAACCACCGCACUUUAACUUUGCUACAAAGCCAUCAUAUGUAUAA